AUAUUUAAUCUCUACUACUCCUUAAUUCUCUACCGUAGGCGUCCACACCUCGCGGUUCUCUCUCCUCGCCUCGCGACAACCGUCCCCGCCUCAGUCUCCCGCAAUCGCUGCUCACUAUCGUGAUACCUGCCCGUCCAUCCACGCCCGCGCGGUCGCGUCCGCCAUCUCUCCUCGCCCCACUCUCAUCUCUCCUGCAAUCCCCGCGGUCUCUCUUAGAUCCACGUCCGCGAUAUCCUCCGCGUCAGAUCUCACGUUCUCCAUGGAAGGCGACAUCCUCCGCCCUGGAUCACCGCGCUCGGCUCUCUCCACGCCGCCAUCAAGGGGUUCUACCAACAACGGACGCCAUCAACGGAUGGCCUCGGAUCCGCUCCAUCGCCUCCUACCAUCAACGGACGAGGAUCUCCGCUCCACCCUCCUCCCCAUGCCGUCAAUGGAAGGGGGCUCGGGUCCACCUCCGCCGCGCCGGGCCGCAGGUCCACCUCCAACAUCCGCUCGCUCUUCUCCCGGUCGUUAGCCGCCGUCGGCGGGGCUCCGUCGGGCUCCGGCGUCGCCGCGCUACCGGACCUCCGCCGCUGCAAGUCCUUCUCUUACGGGCACGGGGGUGACGUGCUGGCCGCCGCGGGCAAGCCACAACGGUGGUCGUGCGACGUGCGCGGGCGGAGCACUCUCUGGGCGCUCUUCCACCAGGACGACCGCCAACCGGUUCGCGACGACACCGCGUUCGGCGCCUUCCCGGCCUCGUCCUCCGCCGCCGCGGCCGCGCUCGCCCCCGCAGCCUCCGCCGCUGCCACCUCCCACGUGCGUCCCUGAGAUGUUCUCGGAGGAGGAGAUCGCUGUGGCCGAGGACUCUGGCGAGAUUGUCUCAGUGAUGGAGCCUGUCUCGGUCGUGGGCACCUCUGGGGAGAUGGAGACGGAGGUGAGUGCGGAGCGGGAUGUUAGGGCCAUGAAGGAUCACAUAGAUCUCGAGGCCUCGCAGUCGCAGCAGCCCAGGAAGCUGCCGUCCAAGGACCUCAAGGAGAUCGUCGGGAGCUUUUGGCUUGCCACCUCGACAUUCAGCAAGAAAUGGCAGAAAUGGAGGGGCAAGCAGAAGCUCAAAGCAGGAGGCAAGGAGAAUCGUGGGUCUGAUCCACCGCUGCCCCGCGGGGUGCAGGGACGGCGUGUCCGACGCCGCCGACCGCGCGUUCUCGGAGCCAUGGCCGGACCUGCGCGUCCGCGGGUACAACGGCAGGAUGAAGUGGUCCUUCUGUCUCACAUGGUUCUCAGCAAUUGUUGCCCUCUAACCAGCAGCUUGAUGACGGUUCUAAUGCUCCUGUCACAUAUGUGCUGAAAGGAUCGCAGGCAGAGCAAAUGUUGUGUCCUCAAUGGCAGCCACAAACAAUGGAAAAUACUCCUGUCACUACUAAUUCAACACUCGAAAAGCAAAUACAAGAAGAUUUUUGUCAAAGAGCAAUGUCGCAAGAUGGAACACAACAACCAUUUUCAUCAGAUUGGCGUCUUUCUAAUUGCACUGCAACUUCUAUUGAUCCUGCAUUGCCGAAGCCUGCAGCUGGAGGGUUUGAACAGGUCACUGGAAAUAUACAUUACCUCCGUCAGAUAAAGUGGUUGCUGCUACUGUUUCAUGCAAAAACAUGCACAUACCCUGUUGGAAGUUGUAAGUUCCAUGGUUGUGUUCAGAACUGGGGCUUUUUGUUGUUCGCAAAAUGUGUGCAUAAACGGCAAGGAAUCCCCUGCAAUGGGCAGCUCGGAGUUCUACCACUUCCACCACGCCGAAGACCUUUUCGAUCACCGCUUCAGCACCAACUCACUCGUCGAGGACUUCUCCGCCAGCCUGGACGCUGCCUUCCAUGGCCCCGCGAAGAAGCCGCCGCGGUGGCGCAAGGCGUGGAGCCUCUGGGGCCUGAUCCACCACCCGUUUAACUCUUGCCACUUUCUGCUCCUUUUUUCUUGAUUUGAAGGACCAGACCAUGGACAACGAUGAUGCACAAAUUGGAGUUGCUAAAACUCAGGGAAAGUAUUGGGGCAUUUUCAUCUGCUGGCUUCUUGGAAAUGGAUGUCUAUUUGGGUUCAAUGAGAUGCUUACUAUUGAAGAUUACUACGUGUACCUCUUCCCGAAGUACCAUCCAACAAGGAUUAUUACUCUCACCUAUCAGCCCUUUGUUCUCGCCACAACCGCCAUAUUCACAUAUCACGAGGCAAAGGUCAACGCCGACCGCUCGUUCUCGAAGCCAUAGUCGCACCUGCGCGUCCACGGGUACAACGACAGAAUGCAGCGGUGCAACAGCAACGCCAGAGCGCGGAGCUCAUUCAGCAGCAACAACGGCGGUCUGGGCAGCUCCAGGCGCAGCUACUAGGACGCCCACGGGAAGCGGAGGCGCGAGGAGUGCGCGGCGCUGGAGCGGAACCGUAGCGCGCGGCACUCGCCGGGCAACGCAGACAACGGUCUGCUGCGGUUCUACCUCACGCCGAUUUGUAGCGCCAGCAUCCGCCGGACUGGCGUCAGCUGAGGUCGCAGUCGUUCGCGCGGACGAUGCUGGGGCUGUACUAGAGUAUUGAUGACGGCGACCUGAUUUCUGGUCAAGCUGCUUCAUUUCAGUAGGCAGUAGCCGAUGGCUUAUAUGUUGAGUGGUUUGGGCGGGUUGUAUAACCAAAAUCGUUUACAUCUGUGUGUAGUGCAGUGAUCCUUUUGUUCAUUCGGAGGGCUGGAUAAAAUGAAGUUUAAUCUCGUAAUCACGAGUUGACUCUGUGUUGUUGGUCUC